GGAGUUGUGUGGAAGGGCGAGUUUUCCGACCCUCCAGCAUGGCCAGGAUGGCAGUAUCGACGCCAAUGGGUGGCAGCCGUGCGUCGCUGGAACAAGGCGAGUGACAUCCCGACCGAGAGAAGAGCGGAGAAAGUGCUCAGGACCUUGGGCUGGGAGAUGCAAGUGGAGUUCGAGCACCUCAGCGAGGCCCAGCUUGCAUCACCUCAGUACCUGGACCACAUCCUCCAGAUCAUCGAGAUGAAGGCUGGAGUUCGUGAGGACGACGACAAACGCGCAGCCUUCAAGUCCGUCCUCCACGACAAUGGUCGCCGCAAGGACGAAAGCUUGAGUCAGUAUGUUUCUCGUCGAGUUCGAGACUUCACUAAGGCGGCAACCUAUGGGGUCCAGCUUCCGGAGGAGUUCCGAGCAGCUCUUCUUCGCGAGGGAGCAGGACUCAACGACCAGGGCUUGCAGAACUUGACGGCCUUGCUGCAGGGUGAUGACAAUCGUGUGGACCGAGUUGCUCAGGUGUUGGCCAGGAUGGAUACCCGGCAGGACCGCAUCACCGGGUUUGUCCACUCACCCGAGGAGCAUCGGACGUCAGAUCAGGCAAGCUGGAUGGCAAUGGACACCGGGAACCCGGAGGACCUCAUCGACGAGCCCUCCGGCGACGACGGCGAUGAGACCGACGAGGACUGUCGCGUGCUGGCUGAGCUCACAGACUUGAGCUUCUCUGAGGAGCAGGCGGCCCUUGUGUUUGCCAUCGUCGAGAACAGGAUGCCUCGGCCCAGGAGGACGUGGAAAGAAAACAAGCGAUUCAAGCAGGAGCUGCGCAAGGACCGCCGCAGCUUCGUAAAGGGACCUCCAGAUGAUCGCCCACACGACCGUACGGGCGAGGGACAUGGAGGAACUGGACGUCCACGUCUUUCCAAGGAGCAGCUCAAGAAGAUUUCGAAGUGCCGACUUUGUGGACGGCGUGGGCACUGGGCCGAGGAUUGCAGGUCACGAGGCACUCCACGACCAGAGGCUGGAGCCAAGCUGAGCAACUUCUGCUACCUCGGAGGCUCCCUGUCUGGAGCCACGAAUGGAUUCACUGGCGUGGUCUUCUCGCAGGAGGUCGCGGCGACCGGCAUCGAGUACGGCGAGAGCAAGGUCACCUUCGACCCCACUCGGUGCUUCCUCACCAUCCCGUCCGGGAUGGCUAUCCUCGACAUCGGCGCGACCCAGGACAUCAUCGGGACCGAGGCCUUUGCCGCUUUGGAAAGAGAACUUGGCCGAUGUGGACUGCAGGCCGUGGAGAUUCCGACCACCGCGAGGGCCCCGACGGGUAUUGGCGGCGCAGCCAAGGUUGCGCACACCAUGCUGGUGCCUAUUUCUCCGGGCGGAGUACCCGGCGUGAUCCAGUUCUUGGUGAUCGAGCAGAACAUCCCGCCGCUCCUGUCAGUCGGACUGUUGGAGCAUUUGGGCACGGCGAUGGAUCUCACCACCAACAUGGUGAACUUCCAGACGAUCGGCGUCGACAUGAAGAUGGUGAAUCUUCCGAGCGGCCACCGUGCCGUCCCGUUAGUGGAGUGGCCCGGAGGCGACUUUCCCGUCCCACAAGUGGUCAAGAACCAGCAUGGCUUGAGCGACGGAGCUUUUGCCAAGACUCUUUCGGCUUCUUCCGCCUACAUGAAAAAGAGUGAGGUGCGCACAUGUCGAGUUCCGGACAACGUGGGAGCGAGCAGUGAAGACGGCAGCAGCCUGAUGCCCGCGAUGAGUCAGCAGCAGUUCAUGAGUCACACGUCUGAUGAUCACGUGAGUGUUCAAUCGCCCCGAUGGGCAAUCAGUCUACUUCGUGUAGUCCCCAAUUCGAACGUUCUGCCCCUGGCCGUGAACAUGGAACUCCCGUCUCGCGCGACGGCGGCCUCGGCGACUCCCUACGAGGGUCACGCAGAGAAGAGUGGAAGGAUCACCCAGCUAUGGCGGAGCAUCGUGGUCAAGAUGUUCUACCUGCUGGAGAAUAUCCGAGCAAGAUUUGCGAGGUUGGCAGCGGCGGAGAUACAGCAGAAGAGCCUCCUCUCCGAGAGGCACCACUACUUGCUGAUGGACGCGCAAAAGCCGGCCGCAUGCCUGCACCCCGGACAACCGAUACGAAGGGCCAAUCAGUACGCCACGUGGACGGUAUGCCCAAAGUGUUCGGCCCGGCUGACUUACGUGUCCAAGCACAUUCAGCCAAAGGGGAAAGCAAAGGCACGAGCUCGAGCAGGCGGCUAUCAAGUUCCUCCCGAUCCGGCGGAGGCGGUGGCUCAGGCGCGCACAAGAACGACGAGGAGCUCGGGGUCCAUGGAGCUGCCACCAACGGAGCCAGUGCAUCCGGAGCUUGCUUCCACCCUGAGGGCCAUGAUGACGAGCUUCCGCGAGGUGGGCGAGUCUCUCCGCGAACUGGCUCGAGGACAAGGACAAAUGUUGACGAUGAUGCAUGGCCAGUUCCCCAGCACGAUCGAGAGCAUGUCCCUGGCCCAGGCAGCCCAGGCCGCAGAGAACACGGUGGAUCAAGAGAUGGGCCUGGAACCGGAGUCUCCGGAAGGAGAGAGCCAAGCGAGCUGGGCACCCGUGGACAACCCGAAUGCCGCCGACCUGCCACAGUGCCUCUUGAAGGGCUGGGGACACUCCGAGGGCGCGUGGGUUUUGCAUCAUUCCUUCGGCACCAGCGUUCCACGAGGAAAGCUUGUUGGCAGCCGCGGCCCCGGACCAGCUCCCCCUGAAGUUCCCAAGGACAGUGUCAGCGUCGAGAACAUCCCCGUCGGUUUCAACGAGGAUGGGGAACACUGCCAAACUGGAAGCGACAUCGAGCUAGAAGACAAGCCCGACCUCGAGGUCGAUGUGAUCAACCUCUUCGAGACGAUGUUGCCGAAUGCCAUCGCGCAGGCCGCUGGUCUUCGAGUAUCAGCCGCCCACGAGGACUUCACCCGGCAAGGAGAAUGGUCAAGUGGUCGAAAGGAGCAUCGUCAGCGUUUCAGGCACUUCAUCCGGCACCGACGCCCAGAAGUGCUACUUGCAUCCGUGCCUCAAGCAUCGGACGGCCACGAAGUCCUUGUGCGACACCGGGUGGACGUCACUUUUGCGCUGGAGGCGAUAAAGACGCAAGUCGAGAGCGGCAGGCACUUCUACAUCGAGGUCAACCACGACGAUGAGUUCUGGACUAGCGCCGAGUGGGUCGCUCUGGUCGACCAUGGCGGUAUCCGCGUCGGCGGCUCUGAGGACAGAAGAAGGCGAUGUGCCACAAACAUGAACAUCCCCCUCAAGGCCGCCAUCCUCAUGCCCGAGACGUCCGUGACAAGGGGCUCUCAGGAAUGCCUCUAUGAGAGCGCCAAGAGCGGUGAUCACCGACUGGCCCGCUCGCGCGAGCAAGCGAAUCUCCGUACAGACCCCAGGAGCUUAUCAGGUCCUCGGCCAGUACUCCUAUGGACGUUUCGCUGGCAUCACCUUGGGACCUACAAGUUGAAGUUCACCACGCUCUACCUGAACGAUUUCCUCACUGCCCAGGGAGCCAGCGGCCCGAGGUCGAGCAUUUCCAUCACGCAGAACGCUGCGGUUCGUCCACAUCGUGACGCCCAUAAUGUGAACCUGAACUACUGCAUCGCCCUCGGCAAGUUCAAGGGCGGAGACCUCUGGGUUGAGAGCCCCGAGGGAACCAUCUUCAAGAAGCUCAAGUCAGGAGUCUCCGUUGCUGGCAAGGUAGUGAAGCACCAAGGGCGACUUAAUGUGUUUGACCCCAAGAAGUACCACGCCGUAGAGGAGUAUGAGGGUGAGAGAUGGUCUAUUACGGCUUUCACUACCAGAUCGUCUCAGAGCCUCUCCUCUGGGCAGCGGGACCAUCUCGAGAGUUUUGGCUUUAGUUUGCAGGGCUAUGAGGGAGCCCCGAUCCUUCCCAGCAAGACCGCACAGGACUGCUGCGCUGUUACUACGGCAUCGACAGGGGCAACCGGGUCAGGCUACUCCUUUGCUACGACCUCUGCCGACGAGAUUCUCGGCCCCAGCCGCGGCGAGGACACCGACUCCGAGGACGAGGAGUCAGAGGCCAGACCCGAAGCUUCCGACACUACGGAGGCAAAGCUCACGGAGAGCCAGAAGCGGCUCGUUCGAAAGCUCCACGAGAAUACGGGACACCCCCCGAAGGAGAGAUUCUUGCGGACUCUUCGAGCUGCGGGUGCACUUCCUCACGUCUUGAAGUACAUUCGCGAUGUCUUUGAGUGCGAAACCUGCGCGGCGAAGAGGCUCCCUGAUCACCGCCGCAAGGGACAAUGUCCACGAGUGCACUCUUUCAAUCGGGUGCUGAGCGUGGAUGUGUUCUACGUGCCCGUUAAGGGCAGCAGCAUACCGAUUCUCAACGUGGUCUGUCACGGGACAAACUAUCAGGUCGCGCACCGCAUCCAUGGUACUGGUGGAGGAACACCAUCGUCCUCGGCGACCUGGAAGGCUUUUCUGUCCACUUGGGUCAGGUUUCUCGGACCUCCAAGCAUGGUCAUCACAGACGGAGGGAAGGAGUUUCAGGGGCGCUUUGAACGAGGCGUCGAGCAGCUGGGAACUCUCCAUCAUGUUACCGCCCCGGACAGCCCGUGGCAGAACAGUCGAGCUGAGCGACACGGAGGCUGGCUGAAGCAGCGGAUGAUUCAGGAGCUGGAGUCUGGGCAGAGCGUGAUCGAGAACCUCGACGACCUGGACGAGAUCCUGGCCGCCACGACGGCCGCUAAGAACCGAUGGUUUUGUUCUGGCGGAUACACGCCGGUCCAGCUUGUGUUUGGGGAAAUGCCUCGAGUACCUGGCGAGCUGCUCUCGGACAAUCCAUCAGGACUUCAACCUCUCUGUGACGCCUUCAACGAUCCGGCAGGCAACUUGCCUUGGCUGAGACGAGUCGAGAAGCCUUCAAGAGAGCCGCCCGACGAGGUUGUGGCGGUGUGCCCCGGAGCAGCUUCGACCCGCCUUCCCAUCGGAAGUUCUCGGCAGACAACUGGCAUCAGACCCAGAGCUCGGCGAGCCCGCCAGAAGAAGGAGACCACGUGGCGCCAGUCGACCAGCUUCCUCCAGGAGAACAGGACCGCUUCCACCUCGGCCUCCUGGACUUCACGGACCACUCCUAGGAUCGAGGAGCCGGGUAGCAGCUCUGACCCAGUCCGAGCACCUGGCACCCCCAUCCAGGAGCUGUUGGAGACCCUUCGACGAGGAGGAGAUCUACAGUGGAACCUGGUGGCCAGCCGAAGCGACGAAGUUGACAUCCGCAAGAUGAGCAAGGAGGACCGAGCACUUUUUGACCAGAGCGAUGAGGUGGAGUGGAAGGCCAUUCUUCAGACGGGUGCGGUCCGAGUGGUGUAUGGCGAGGAAGCAGCCAAGCUACGCCGCCAGUACCCUGACCAUACCGCCGAACUGGUUACCUUUGCUCCGACCCCAUCGAGCGAGGGGCUCAUGGCAUUCCUCCAGGUCAGCCUCAACCUGAGCCACACCUUCGCAUUCUGUGAUGUCAAGAAUGCGUUCUGCCAAAGUGACAAGUUGGUCAGGAAAAGUGGGCCGCUGUUUGCCCAGCCCUGUGAAGGGCUCCGCCUCGGCACUGACGCGUUGAUCAUUAUUGACGUGCCCGUGUACGGGCUUGACGACGCCCCGGCAGCAUGGAGGGCAACCGUGGUCUCGUUCUUGGAGCGGGAAGGCUUCGUCAGGAACUUGGUGGAACCGUGUUGGUGGUCGAGAUUCGAUCGCCAUGGCACCAACGAAGCUCAGGUGCUCAUUGAAGUGGACGAUUUUAUCGUGACGGCCCUGCCGGAGCUCCAGAGCAAGCUCAAGGAGGCGUUCCAGGCCCGCUUCACCUUCGGCAAGUGGGAAGAGAAUGAAGCAGAAUAUGCCGGCCGAAUGAUCAAAGUCCGACCGGGCUUCAUUCACGUCGACCAGGAGAAGUACCUGACCGAGCAGGUGAACUGGGUGGCGAAGGAAACGCGCCCCGAGGUCGCGGGCAUGGCAUCGAUCUUGGCCAGCAAGCUCAAGUCCGCCGUCAUCGAGGAUGUUCUGGUCCUGAACAAGAACAUUAACUUCCUGAGGAACACGGCGAGCCGUCCCCUGACGAUCUGGAAGAUGGACACUCGGGAGAUGGCCUUCGUGGUUAUCUCAGACGCGGGCGGAGUUGGGGCCAAGCACGACACCACGGACGAGCUGGACCUCCCGGCGGAUAGUACCCAAGGGGCCUGGAUGGUCUUCGCAGCGGAGGCUCUCCCGAUUGGGAACAUGAAGGUCAAGGCGAGCCCACUGGCAUGGCGCAGCAGCAAGCUUCGACGGAAAGUCUUUUCUACCUUCGGUGGCGAAACCCAAGCAAUGCUGCAAGGCAUCUCGCAGGCUGACUGGCUCCAGAUUAUGGUGCGAGACGCUGUCCAGCACGACGUGGAGCUCAAGCAGUGGAGGAACUGGCUAAGCCCGCACAUGAUCAUCAUGAAGGGCGACCUCCACGUUCCCGAGAGGCAGCCACAGUGUUCCGUCACCGAUGCGAAAAGCCUGUACGAUUGCAUCAUGAAAGAACAUCCCCAAGGCAAACAAGACCGAAGGAGCGCGUUAGAACUGGCGAUAAUAGUUCGAGACCUGCAAGAAACGCGCUCUAUGGUGCGGUGGGUUCCUCACCAAAAAAUGGUCGUCGACGUGCUCACCAAGGUGGACCCGCUGAAGGCCAACGGGGCCAUGGAUCAGUUCUUGCGCAGCGGUCAGCUCAGCCUUGUGGAUGUUGAUGCAGAGAUAGCUGCCCGAGCCAGUGAUCCCCGGAACAAGUCCAGAAGCCACAGUGCGUCG